GGAGGAGACGGUCAGACCAUGCUGUCUUGUUCUAACUUCUUACACUUUCAGUACUGUUAUUGUUUCUUUGUUUGAACUUGUCAAAAGUUUUAGCUAAAAUAUCAUUUAGUUAUGAACCAUCCUCAAAGAUUCUUUAAUUUUAAGGUCCCCAACGUUAACGAAAUAACGUUGAUGCUAAACAUAAUGUGUAAUAGUGUCCUUAUAAGAUUGAUAUGAUUGUCAAUUUGUCCUGUCCACGUCGACUAGGAGUUAGGAGAGUGAUCUAUGUGAGUUAAACUACCGUUGAAAUUGUAAUAGUUGGAUACAAUAGUGAUGGGGAAGAAUAAGCUUAUUAGUAAAUGGAAGAAGGAAAAAACGAGAUAUUGACCCCCCAAAGUAGACAAAAGGUUCGGCGGAUCAAGACACCCACUAUACUUGGGAUAGAUACGUAUAUAAAUACAUAAAUGAAUGAGAAAACAUAUUUGAAAUAGAUAGACAAGAGAGAAGGUAAAAGAACAAGAGAGGAACAAGAGCAUGUUGUGAUAGUGAAGGACCCCUCCCCCCACCUGCAUUCAAUGCUUGUCUUACUCUCUCUAUUAUCUUUCUUCUGCCUACAAAUACUCUUAUCUUCCCUAUAAACAGACACACGCAUAUAGUAUCCGAAGAAUAACAAGAAGGAGGUCAUGUAUUGCCCUGUGAAGCGUGGGCUCUCUUCGAUGGUGUUUUGUUUCAUUCUUCUGCUUUUGUCAUCCAACGUUGGUUGUGCCACUGCUCGGCGUCUAAGGUUUCACAAGCAUCAUCACAAGGUUGCUUCUUUGGUACAAGACGUCAGGAGGGUGCUAGGUGGAGAGGAGACGGGGGGAGAUGUAGUAGUCAUGGAUUAUCCUCAGCCUCAUCGCAAGCCUCCCAUCCACAACGAGAAGGCUUGAUUAUAUAUCACACAUCAUAUACUGUGAUAUGCAUUCACCAUUUUGGUGGUUGUACUUGUAAUGACUCUUGUGCUAAUAUAAAAAUAUAUUUCAAGACCAAA